AUAAAACUUAUUCAUGGAAUAUUUUAGGUUCAGUUCAACCACAUUUACGUGGAGGGCAGUAUACUCCUUGUACUUCUAUGGAUAAUAUUUAAAAAAACGGCAAGUUCUUCAAAUGCAAAAAAGGCUGAACCAUCAGAAAACCCGGACAUGGAACAAAAGAUAAAAUUGUGGACACCAAAACCGUUGGUAAAUACAACUUCCCUAUCUGCGUUGCCAAUGGAAAACUAUAUCAUUGAUGGCAAGACUGAACAUUAUAUCACAAUUAAUGACCGGUUGUGUAUAAAUUUUGCCACCCACAACUAUUUUAAUUUUAUGAGCAAUAAGUCUAUUGAAAACAAUGUAGUGGAUGCGGUGAAUAAAUAUGGCAUUGGUUCUUGCGGACCCAGGGCAUUUUAUGGAACAUUUGAUAUACACAUUGAAUUAGAAGAGAAAAUCGCUAAAUUUAUGGAAAUGGAAGAAGCCGUUAUAUACUCUUAUGGGUUCUCUACGGUGACCAGCGCCAUUCAAGCUUACAUUAAGUCUAGAGAUAUUGUAUAUGUGGACGAAGAAGUGAACUUUGCCAUACAAAAGGGUCUGCAAUCUUCUAAAGCUGAACUGGUGUACUUCAAACACAACUGCCCAGAAGACUUGGAACGGUUGAUCUUAGAGAAAAAUGCAACAAUGAGAAGAAGAAACAGAAGAGCGUUCCUAAUUGUUGAAGGAAUUUAUAUGAAUACCGGAAAUAUUUGCAACUUGCCAAAAUUGAUUGACAUUCGAAUAAAACACAAGAUCCGCAUAUUCAUUGACGAAACCAUAUCAUUCGGCAUUCUUGGCGAAAAAGGUCGCGGAAUUACUGAACACUUCAAUAUUCCGAAAGACGAAGUUGACCUGAUCAUUGGAAGUCUAGAGACAGCCUUGUCGUCAGUUGGUGGUUUUUGCGUAGGCUCAACAUUUGUUGUCGAACAUCAGAGGCUGUCUGGUCUUGGGUACUGUUUUUCUGCAUCGUUACCACCACUACUAUCAGCAGCCGCCAUUAAAGCUUUGGACGAGAUUGAAAAACAUCCAGAAAUGUUGUCGAAACUGCGAGAAAGGAGCAUAAGUCUACAUAAAAGUCUUCGUAAAAGCCAAUUGAUGAAACACUUUACACUUGGGUCUGACGAAUCAAGUCCACUAAAACAUUUGUAUCUAAUAGAUAAUUCUCUAUUACACUCUGAACAACAGCAAAUAUUGAAAAAAAUUGUUGAUUACUGUAUAUCAAAAGGAGUAGCGAUAACGACGGCUGCGUAUUUGAGUGAUCGUGAAUACAAGAUUCCCACUCCCAGCAUCAGACUUCUCACAAGUAUUAAAACAACAGAUGAAGAAAUCGAUGUCCUUAUAGAUACACUGUUGCAAGCGGUCACUGUUUCGAACAUUUAAAUUGUAUAACUAAACGAUGCUGUUUGUUUCUUGUCGGUCAAAUAAUAUCAGUUAGUUGCUACCUACUUGAAUAUCGUGAAAUGAUACCUACCUAUGUUACAAAAUGUUUAUAAAUUUUCCUGAUGUCAAUACUUAUAAAAAUAAACCAUUGCUUAUUACAACAAUGAAAAUAAAAGCAACAAA